UAAACAAAAACCUGGGAAAGAAAACAAAAAGUGUAGGCUACACGUUUCGAUAAAUAUUUUAAACGAAAAAUCUCAAAACACAAAGUACUUUGAUGUAAUAUUUUUCAUAACAAAGAACGAUUUCAUAAUUGAAUUAGCAGUUUUUGGACAUCAGUAGCCGUUCUAAAUGAUAAACUAUUGAAAUAACGUUGGCGUAUGAUUUGAUGGCAGCACCCCUACCAUGCAUUGACUGGUAAUCUAGCUUAAUCUACCAAAUCACACCUGCCAAACAGAAAUCACAGAUGUCCAAUAGUACCGAUACACCUCCUGCCAAGAGACCUCGGAUUGAAAUCAUUGGUUCUAACUGCACAGCUGUUAACACUGUCUUAGAUAACAAUACGGUGAAUAUGGCUAGAAAUGGUGCAACCAACGAGAUUGACGAAGGUUUAUAUUCCAGACAACUAUAUGUUCUUGGUCAUGAAGCAAUGCGUCGAAUGGCCAACUCUAACAUCCUCAUAUCUGGAAUGAAAGGACUUGGCAUUGAAAUUGCUAAAAACGUUGUACUUGGUGGUGUGAAAUCUGUCACUGUACAUGACACGGGGAAUACAACUUGGUUUGACCUUUCUUCACAGUUUUUCCUACGUGAAUCAGAUUUGGGAAAAAACAGAGCAGAAGUCAGCCAGCCACGUUUAGCAGAACUGAAUGGCUAUGUCCCAGUGAAUGCAUAUACAGGGGAAUUAGAAGAAGAAUUUCUCUCCAGUUUUCAAGUGGUCUGCUUGACAAAUUCAGACCUGGAUGAGCAGCUGAGGAUUGGUGAAUAUUGUCAUCACAAUGGAAUCAACUUCAUUGUCGCAGAUACAAAAGGCUUAUUUGGGCAGAUUUUCUGUGAUUUUGGAGAUGAAUUUGUGAUUACAGAUGUUGAUGGUGAACAACCAACAAACAACAUGGUGGCAUCAAUUACAAAGGACAAAGAUGGUAUUGUGGCCUGCAUUGAUGAAACUAGACAUGGUUUUGAAGAUGGAGAUUAUGUUACCUUUUCUGAAGUGAAGGGUAUGACAGAACUUAAUGGCUGUUCUCCAGUGAAGAUCAAAGUUCUAGGUCCAUACACAUUCAGCAUUGGUGACACAACUAGAUUUUCAGACUACCUAAGAGGUGGAAUUGUGACAAAAGUGAAAAUGCCCAAAACAAUCAAAUUUAAAUCAAUGAAGCAUGCCAUUCAGAGCCCAGAAUUUAUUGUAACAGAUUUUGGGAAAUUUGAUCGUCCUGCUCAGUUGCAUAUUGCAUUUCAAACAGUUACACAUUUUGUCAAACAAAAAGGACAUUUACCCAAGCCGAGGUGCAAGUCUGAUGCCGAUAGCUUUCUGAAGAUAUUCAAGGAAGUAAACGAGAGUUCUUCAGCUAAAUGUGAGGAAAUAGAUGAGGAUCUCAUUCGAGAAUUUGCCAUGACAUGUCAGGGUGAUAUCUGCCCUAUUGCUGCUGCCAUUGGUGGUAUUGCAGCCCAAGAAAUCAUGAAAGCUUGCACUGGGAAAUUUAGUCCUGUUUAUCAGUAUCUGUAUUUUGAUGCCACAGAAUGCCUUCCCGAAAACCGAGACUCACUAACAGAAGAGUUGUGUAAACCUGUGAACUGUCGAUAUGAUGGUCAGAGGGCUGUGUUUGGAGAUACAUUCCAGAAAACAUUGGGCAAUCUUCACUAUUUCCUGGUGGGAGCUGGAGCCAUUGGAUGUGAAAUGCUGAAGAACUUUGCUAUGAUUGGUCUAGGGUGUGGUGAGAAAGGCAAAGUCAUUGUGACAGACAUGGACAGUAUUGAGAAAUCUAACUUAAACAGACAGUUUCUUUUCAGACCCUGGGAUGUUCAGAAAUUGAAAUCAAGGACGGCUGCUAAAGCAGUAAAAGACAUGAAUCCAUUUAUGCAUAUUGAUGCCAAGGAGGACCGAGUUGGUCCAGAAACAGAAAAUGUGUACACAGAUGACUUUUUUGAAGCUCUUGAUGGAGUAGUAAAUGCACUUGACAACAUUGAUGCAAGAAUGUACAUGGACCGGAGAUGUGUUUAUUACCGAAAACCUUUGUUGGAGUCCGGCACACUGGGAACAAAAGCAAAUGUUCAGGUGGUCAUUCCCCAUAUCACAGAAUCCUAUUCAUCAUCACAAGAUCCGCCAGAAAAAUCUAUUCCCACUUGCACUUUGAAGAACUUCCCUAAUGCGAUUGAACACACUUUACAGUGGGCCAGAGAUGAAUUUGAAGGAUUGUUUGUCCAACCAAUGGAGAGUGCACAGCAGUACAUAACUGAUUCGAAGUUUGUAGAAAGGACGCUAAAACUUCCUGGUUUUCAAGCUUUUGAUACUCUUGACGCUGUGAAGAAAACACUUGUAGAUGAUAGACCAACUUCAUUUCAAGAUUGUGUGAAAUGGGCUCGCCAUCUUUAUCAAAAGAAUUACAUCAACCAGAUUUCCCAGUUGCUAUAUAAUUUCCCAGCUGAUCAGCUGACAAGUGCUGGUGCACCUUUUUGGUCUGGUCCCAAAAGAUGCCCUCACCCGAUACCCUUUGAUCCACAUAAUGAUUUGCAUCUGGAUUAUGUGAUUGCUGCUGCAAAUCUCAGAGCUGCAAUAUAUGGAUUCAAGCCGUCUCGAGACCGUAAAGCGAUAAGAGAGAUGGUGUCCAAAAUAUCCGUGCCAGAGUUCAAACCAAGGUCAGGUGUUAAGAUUGCUGUAACAGAUGCUGAAGCUCAAGCAAGACAGAAUGAUAUCUGUGAUGGGGAUCAAAUUGAAGGAGUUCUGAAAUCCAUUCCAUCUCCAGAGAAACUGAAACAAGUGAAAGUGACACCACUUCAGUUUGAAAAGGAUGAUGAUUCAAAUUUCCACAUGGACUUUAUUGUCGCAGCAUCAAAUCUUCGAGCUGAGAAUUAUGACAUUGCACCAGCUGACCGUCAUAAGAGCAAGUUAAUAGCUGGAAGGAUCAUUCCUGCAAUUGCUACAACAACAGCCAUGGUAGUUGGCUUGGUUGGACUUGAGCUGUACAAGCUUGUUCAAGGCCACAAAAAGGUGGAACUCUACAAAAAUGGUUUCGCCAAUUUGGCUCUGCCAUUUUUUGCAUUUUCUGAACCACUUUUGGCACCCAAAAACAAGUACUAUGACACUGAAUUUACACUGUGGGAUAGAUUUGAAGUACAAGGUGAAAUGACACUUCAACAGUUCCUAGACUAUUUUCAGAACAAAUACAAUUUGGAAAUCACCAUGUUAUCCCAGGGAGUGUGUAUGCUGUACUCAUUUUUUAUGCAGCCAGCCAAGCGAGAAGAGAGAAUGAAUUUGGUAAUGUCUCAAGUAGUGAUCAAAGUUUCCAAGAAGAAGCUACCUUCACAUGUCCAUGCCCUUGUUCUAGAGAUCUGCUGCAAUGAUAAAAAUGGUGAAGAUGUUGAAGUGCCCUAUGUAAAAUACAGUCUACCCAAGUAGUGCACGUGCAAGUGAAUUCACGUGUAGAACAUUGAUUUUUGCAAAGCAGGAUAUCCUUGCAUUGAAUGUUUACUGAGAACAUGUGUAGUGUUUAUUUAUAGGGAAAAAGCUAUUUGCCUUUAGCCACAAACCUGAAACCUGCAACAGCUUUUGCAUUUACAUUACUAUUAAAAUAAACAUGCUCCAUCAGUGAUGCUUCUUUUUAUGCUGAUUAAUAUCUGUAAUUAACUAAAAAGUAUUUAUUAAAUUGCCUGCAUGUUUGAUAGGGUUACAAUGGGUUUGGGUGGCUUCCCCCAUGGCAAAUGCACUAAUUUGUAGUGAAACAUUUUUUACUUUCAGUUUUUUUUCGCUGUUAGUAAAUUAUUAUUACUGUGUGCAUAGUACUUGUAAUUUAGUAUAUUUUUCUCCCUAUCACUGUUAAUUUUUUUGUUCUUUUUUUUUGUUUUGGUGGGGGAGGAGGGUGAAAGUAAAAAUCUAAAUAUUAUUUAAUUAAACAAGAUAUUGUUAAUUACAUCUCUCCUUAUUUUUGCCAUAUAUUUUGUGGCUGAUUGCAGGUUUGAAGAAUAACUAUUGAGCAAUUGCUGAGAUUAACUGUCCAGAGUAAAUUAAUGUUGUAAAUGUUGGCAAGGGUUUUAUGCUAAUUUAUGAGGGACAAAUAAUUUUUAAUGCUUAAAUUGGUUAUUUUCUUUAUUACUCAUUGUCAUUUAAAACUGUUAAAAUUCCCUCUGCUGUCUAAAGGAUUUCCAAUAGCCAUAUCCCUAAGCAUGUAGUUGCCACUUAAAUUAUGUAAUGUGUAUUUUGUUGAGAACUUGUGAUGCAAUGGCCUAACAGGGUUCUUUUUUCACCAUAGUUUUUCAAUACAAAGUAAUCAUACUGUGCAUUAGAAAGUAAUUAUUCUUAUAUUGUAACCCACCUACCCCGAAAAAACAACAACAUUGUUUUUGAAAAUAUACCAUGUUUAUGGGGAGGGGGGAAAUGGUAAAAUGUUUUACUUAUGUAAAUCGUAUAACAUACUGUAUGUUUACUCAUGAAUGGGAAUAUAUAAUGAAUAAAAGUAAAGUUCUGGCUGUAAUGACCAAUAAAAGGUUGUCAUUUUUAAGCCAGCCAAUCAGUAGCUGUGAUAGCAAUCUGCAAACUACAGUUAUAAAACAAUCUGACAUGAGAUAUAUUAGCCCAUAUGGGUAAUACUAUAAUUUCAUUCCUACUUCCCACCUCCUCCCUCAGUCUUAUUUUGAAACUGUAUGUACAGAUUAACAUAUCCAUAAUGCUAAAACCUGUUCAGCCUAUGCAGACAAACUGUUAACAUUACACCACUAGUAUGUAGUAGUCCUUAUAAAGCUUACACGGUUUCUUGGCAUUGAUAAUUAGACAAGUGGAUGCAGUGUGAUGAGUGAAACUUAUCUUCAUCAUGGAGGUGAACAUUUAAUUUGGACAGUAUGCUAGAAUGGUCAAUAGAUUUUGACAAUAUUGUAUAGCAUCCAAACUUGGUGGUGUUUAUCGGGAUUAAAAAUCCAAGAAGACUGCUAUAACCUUAGACUGAAGCAUGUUUAAUUUUCUAAUAAUAUGUGAAACCAAUGUUAUUAAUAAUUAGUUGGUCCAUUCUAAUGAUGAAAAAUAUGAAUUAAUGUACCAAUCAGUCACUUUAUUGUUCAUCAUAUAAUUAUUUGUAUUUCAGGAUUUGUUUUAUUAAUUACCAUGUAGUAUGUACAUGAAAGUUAUUUCCUGCAUAUACAUUUCUACCACUAUGAUAGCAGCACUUGAUGGUCAACUUACUGUUAGAUGUAAAGGAGCUUUCUAAGUGGUCUGUGAUUACUAGUGAAGUCUUCAGAUGGCUGUUGUUCAAGAACUAAUUGUUGUACACUUGCUUGACUUCUGACCUGCACUUAUUCGCUUUAAUAAAGAUAACAUUUCUUUAUCUUU